GGGAGAGAGCGGCGGGGCCGCCCCGGGCGCCAUGGCAACGGACGGCGCGUCACGUGGGCGCCGCCGCUUCCGCUUGCCCUCUCACCCCAAAAUGGCGGCGCCCGUGGGACCGGUGAAGUUUUGGAAGCCUGGCACGGAAGGUCCUGGUGUCAGUGUCUCGGAGGAGAGACAGAGUCCUGCUGAGAGUAGUGGCAUAAGCAUAAUCUAUAAUCCUUAUGCUUCCCUUUCUAUUGAACAACAAAGACAAAAGCUGCCCGUUUUUAAGCUAAGAAAUCACAUACUUUAUCUAGUGGAGAACUAUCAAACUCUGGUGAUUGUUGGGGAAACAGGUUGUGGGAAAUCAACGCAGAUUCCACAAUACCUAGCAGAAGCUGGCUGGACAGCCGAAGGAAGAGUUGUUGGAGUGACGCAGCCUCGUCGGGUUGCUGCUGUUUCAGUCGCCGGCCGAGUUGCUGAUGAAAGAGGUGCAGUGUUGGGUCAUGAAGUUGGAUAUUGUAUUCGGUUUGAUGACUGCACGGAUCCGCAGGCCACAAGAAUUAAGUUUCUAACUGAUGGUAUGCUCGUGAGGGAGAUGAUGGCUGAUCCUUUAUUAACGAGAUACAGUGUCCUCAUGCUGGAUGAAGCCCAUGAAAGGACUCUUUAUACAGAUAUUGCCAUUGGCUUACUAAAAAAGGUUCAAAAGAAGCGUGGGGAUCUUCGACUGAUUGUGGCUUCAGCCACCCUGGAUGCAGAGAAAUUCAGGGAUUUCUUUAAUCAAAAUGAGACCGGUGACCCCAGCAAAGAUACCAGUGUGAUCCUUACUGUCGAGGGGAGAACGUUUCCAGUGGACAUCUUUUACAUACAGAGUCCUGUUCCAGACUAUGUAAAAUCAACUGUGGAGACUGCAAUGAAGAUUCACCAGAUGGAGAACGAUGGUGAUAUACUAGCAUUUUUAACUGGCCAGGAGGAAGUGGAGACCGUUGUUUCUAUGCUCAUAGAACAGGCUCGGGCCCUUUCUCGCACUGGAAUGAAAAAACACCUCCGUGUUCUCCCCAUGUAUGCCGGGCUGCCUUCUCCUGAGCAAAUGAAAGUGUUUGAGAGAGUUUCUCACAGUGUCAGGAAGGUGAUAGUAGCCACCAACAUUGCUGAGACCUCCAUCACAGUUCACGGAAUUGCAUUUGUAAUUGAUUGUGGUUUUGUGAAGCUUCGGGCCUAUAACCCCAAACCAGCCAUCGAAUGCCUUGUGGUGGUACCGGUAUCUAAAGCUUCGGCUAAUCAGAGGGCAGGACGUGCCGGCCGGAACCGCUCUGGGAAAUGUUACAGACUUUAUACGGAGGAGGACUUCGAGAAGCUGCCGCAGUCCACAGUUCCCGAGAUGCAGCGCAGUAACCUGGCACCCGUCGUCUUGCAGCUGAAGGCUUUGGGAAUUGACAACGUGCUCAGGUUCCCCUUUCUCUCACCACCUCCUGCACAGUCAAUGGUGCAAGCUUUAGAACUGCUGUAUGCUUUAGGAGGUUUGGAUAUGCACUGCCGUUUAACAGAGCCUCUUGGAAUGAGAAUAGCAGAGUUUCCUUUGAAUCCUAUGUUUGCAAAGAUGCUUCUGGAAUCAGGAAAUUUCGGCUGCUCCCAGGAGAUUUUGACAAUAGCUGCCAUGAUGCAGAUUCAAAACAUCUUUGUGAUCCCUCCAAAUCAAAAAGCUCAGGCUGCCAGGCAACACAGAAAGUUUGCUGUGGAAGAAGGUGAUCAUCUCACUAUGCUUAAUGUUUAUGAAGCCUUCGUCAAACACAGCAAGAGCUCUCAGUGGUGUCAGGAACACUUUCUGAACUACAAAGGGCUUGUUAGAGCUUCUGUUGUAAGAGAGCAGCUGAAAAAGCUUCUCGUCCGCUUUAAAGUGCCAAAGAAGUCCAGUGAAGGUGAUCCAGAUCCCGUUUUGAGAUGCAUAGUUUCUGGCUUCUUUGCUAAUGCAGCUAAAUUCCACUCUACUGGAGCUUACAGGACUAUCCGUGAUGACCAUGAACUUCAUAUCCACCCCACUUCAGUGCUGUAUGCAGAGAAACCUCCCCGCUGGGUAGUCUACAAUGAAGUCAUACAGACUGCUAAGUAUUACAUGAGAGAUGUGACUGCUGUUGAAUCUGCAUGGCUCUUGGAACUGGCUCCUCAUUUUUACCAGCAAGGAACGGUACGGAAUCGGCAUAAAGCCCAAACGCAUCUUUCCUUGAAAGCAAAAAGGGUUAAAGUAGAUGACCACUGAUUUGACAUGACUUAAGUCUUGUGACACCAGAUGCAGAACCUACCAGUGAUUUCAAGCUGGCUACAGUCCAUUCAGCAGUCAGUUCAUUAGCAAUUUGUUCUUACAUCAACUUAAAUGUUUAAAUGCCUGCCAGGAUCUGUAGGGGUUUAUGCAUGACCAGUACAUUGUAAACCUAUGUAGAGCUUGUAUUGUGGACAUUUUAUUCUUUGCCUACUUGACCACUGUUCAUCUGGGCAUGUUGCUCCUUUUAAAUAGGUAGAAAAACAAUUUAAAAAAUAAGAGGACAUACAGGACCACAAAACCCUGAAACCUUCAAGAAGGAAAGUGAUUUCCUGGAGUGGUACGGCUGCCUUAUGAGAGUGGGGAAUAGGGUACCCUGCCUCCUAUCACCUAGAGCACUGUGACUACUACCGGCCAAACUGCGACUGACUCCUGGCAGCAGGAGCUCAGGGCAAUGAACUAGCCCUUGAAACGCAAGGGGCUGCCAUGGAAACAUUGAUUUCACGUUGGACCAUCCUGAACUGGUGCAGCUUGUGCUCCCAAGCAGUAAAAGUCUCUUGCCUGAGGCUGAGCUGCCCCAGGCUCCGCGUGCUGUAACAGUCCUUCUGUAGGUAGCUUUGUAUUAAAGUGUCUUGUUUCCCUACGUGAGAGUUGCUGUUUGGGGAGGGGGAGGAAGAGUAGCUCAGUGUUUUUAAGAAGGACUAUUUUGCUCAAUUGGGGGACUAUACACCUGUGUUCACAAACAGUCAAAUUCACAGAUGGGGCUUUUCUUUUCUUUUCCCCCCCCUAACAAAAGAAAAGAUGUUAGCCUCUCACUACUUGGAAAUACCAGAAAAUUUCAGCAGGGGUGUAUCAUGGAACACUGUCAUUUAGUCUCUGUCAUUCAGCAAAGGUGAAAAUGUUCUGUACUUUCCUAUAAGGAAUGCAUUCCUAUAUUUAUUUUUUUUAUUAAGAAUCUGUUCUUUGCUGCUUGGGACUCUUCUUCGUGUGCUACUGUAAGAGAAGGAUGCUCUGAACAGUUGCUGCUUUAAUUGGGACUCCAUGGCUACUUUUCAGUAAGGAACUGUACCCUUUUGUGUUUUCACAAGAUAGCUGGAUACAUGUAUUUAUUUUUUCCAACUCUAUUGAUAUUUAUUUUAGAAACACAUUGUUUGAAACUUUUAUUUUUGUAAGGCAACUGAUUUGAUGAAGGUGGUUUUGGCAUAUUAUAACUAUAAUUUUAUUUUCCUUAAAAAAAAAAGAUGUGUAAAUAGGCAAAAAUUUCUACAUAGAACAAAUGCCUUCCUCGUCACAGGACUGCCUUGAAAACUUUCUUGAGAGCUUCUUUACUUUCUCCCUUCCAAACACCUGCAGAGAGAACAUGUUCUGUCAUGUGCAGCAUGUGGGCUGUUCAGUGUCUACGUACUGACUGCCAGCACAAAAAGCUGUACCAGUCUCCAUGUAUGGCAUCAGCAGCAUGACAAACCGUGUCACCUUCCUUGUCGUUUUCCCUGUGAACCUCACCGUGCUACUGCUCUCUCUCUUAGAAUGGAAGCUCUCUGGGGCAGGGACUGUCUCCUAGCCAGAGCUGAGAGCAUUGUUGGCACUUACUAAAAAAGAUUCAAUUUGCAAUUUUAUUAUUUUUUUUUUUCUUAAAGGAUUGGAGAAAGAGCUGAAUAUGAAGACUUGUAAAAUGUCUGUGUCUCUCUGUCCUCUGGAAGUAUUCUUAAGAAAAAUAAAACCAUUGAGUCAAGGAACCUUGAGAAUGC